AUGAGUUCGACCGCGGAUGUACAACCCAAGGAGGGUAAGUGGGGUCUCAUGGGCUGGUUAGCGGGACAUGCUGCACCAGGAACGCCUACCAAGAGCAAGGGCAAAGUCGAACCGCUCACGACCAAAGUGGCCAUCGCUGCGAAUAGCAAGCUCGGCGGGCUGUUCUCCUCCCUCCUCAAUCCGCCCACUCAACCACCAGAGAGAGAGGAAGUGGGAGAGAUAGUCACACCCGCCCAACUGCUCGGACUGCGCACCACCUGCCGCGUCAUCUUUCGCGUCCUGAUCCUAGCCCGCUACGCGAGGUAUCGAAACUACCCAACAACCAUCUCGUCGCUCGUGCUCGACGACCUUCUCGGUUGA